GCAGAAGCGCAGGUUGUGGCACCGCACGCUUUGUUCGACCAAAUCGGGGCGCAUCCAUGGAUUGUCCUCUGUGGCUUGCGUGGCCCCAGUGCCAAACACGAGGCGCGCCGGCGACGCCGUCGUUGCUACGAGCCCGCUUUGGCAAUGCCCUUGUACUGUGGCCAGAUCGGGGCCGUGGCUUCGACGCGUCGCUGAGACGCAUAAAUUGGUGACGGGGCUUGGGGAUGCUCCCUAACUCUGCGCCCCUUUUCGACUCGACACCGGCUCAUCGUCUCCCUUCCGUGUCUUCUGACCCACCCGCCCCGACUCCGAUCCCGCCAUCGCUCUUGAAGAAUAUGCAUUUUCUCAAAUCUUUCUAUGCCCUAGUUAUUGUGCCCGGCCAAGACGGGGACCGGAAAGCGACCGUGACAUAUGUCAUUGCAGCGCCGAACGGAGGGCAGGACUGGCCGCCCGCUGAGCGAAUGGAGUUCUACGAGUCCUUGUCAAUGGACAAGUGGGCGCCCUCCGAGUCGGGCAAUGAGCUGGUUCGUGUGGAACGUGCGGGGACAUCAGGGCAUACGGCAACGACCAGUGGAUCGCGACCGGUCAUCACCAAGGUAGAUCUAGACGAGGUCUACGAUCCCUACACGGUACAGCACCACGAAGGGUUCAUGGAGUCUUACCUGCCCACGGCAUCAGGCGGGCUGUGGACGGACAUUGCGUGUGCGCACGAUGGCAGAAAGGGUUUCAAGCUAGGCACUGACGGCUACCUGGUUCCGUGCGGUCUUUCCAGCGAAGACAUCCGCCGCGGUUCUCCCGCCCAUACGAUGCUCCGCACAUACAGAACUGGCCAUGGGAUCCUUGGAUACGGGUACGGGGAUGACGCUUACGAAAUGCACCACAACGACGCUGCCGGCAUCGACCCGGGGGCGUUAAUCAUCCGUCCGCAAACCCCACCCCCGCCACAAGCUGCCAUAAGGCAGAAGAAAGUAGUCUCCAUGCUCAAGGGCAGCGCCGGGGCUAGAGUUAAGGCGGAACUGCUCGAGGCGGCAGCCUCGCUCGCAACGCCUCCCUCCCACCGCGGACGCGCAGCAUCGACGACGCAGCGAGCCUCCACUGGCUCUCCACCAAAGAGGGCCGCGUCGCCCCGGAAGCCCGCCUCCACAGGUCCGGCUACCAAGAGAGCCUCCUCCCCGGGCAAGCCUCCUACCAAGAGGGCCUCCUCCCCGGGCAAGCCUCCUACCAAGAGGGCCUCCUCCCCGGGAAAGCCUCCUACCAAGAGGGCCGCCUCCCCGGGCAAGCCUGCUUCCGCCGGAUCGCCCAGGAAGAGGGCAGCGUCGCCCAGCAGGCCGAAGGUCCAAACUUCUGUGAAGCCUGUGUCGACGCCGUCGCCUAAGAAGACCGCGCCCCCAGGAAUCUUCCCGAUUUCUCCCCAGAAGCCGGCCUCCGCGUUCCUGUCAUCUCCGGUCAAGAGGGACUCCUCGCCUUCCCCGAGUAGGGCCUCGCCUACCCGCGCGACGCGUUCUGUGACGCGUGCGGGUCUCAUGAAUCUUACCCCCGAGAAAGACCUCAAGCGUCGCUUUGUCCGACGGCCUGACGCUGCUGUUGCUCCGGAUGCUACCGACGCCGCACCGGUCCAGGUUGUCGACGAGCCCAUGGAAGUGGAAGUCGAGGAGGUUCAAGUUCCUGUCUCCGCGCCUCCCGCUUUCGCGGCACCACCCGUGCUCGCAUCGCGUCCUGUCUUCAUGGCACCCUUUGCUCCCUCGGCCUUCACGGCUCCUGUGAACGCCUAUAUCCCCCCGGUCGGCGCGUUCGCGGCUCUUGCCAUUGAUCCCUUCGCUAGCGUCUUUGCACAACCUGUCUCUGCCCCGGUUGCGGGCCCUUCAAGACUUGAGCGCACCCCGUCGAUCGCCAGCACGGCCGCUGACUCCGACUCGGAUUCCGAGUGGAGCGAAGACUCUGCACCCACGGGAUAUAGGUAUAUCAACCUUCCGCCUGGCGUACGUCCCCCUGGUCUGUCCGCUGGGCCGCGCAUGAUGGAUCACACGAUGUCCGAGUACUGAACGGCUACUGGCUUAGCUGACGAACAGCCCUGCACUGUCCUGUGGGCGGUGCUUCACGUCUGAGACGAAGCCUGGAUGGAUAUUCACGCUCUUUUGUAUCAAUUUUCUCCAUCUAAAGCUCUUGUAUCGCCUACUCAGCUUGCAUCUACUCAUGGGCCCCCCUCACGCAUACAUCUUUCUCCACACAUAGAUUUCUCACUCUCAUAUCUAUCUCUCCUUCACGCAUACAUACUUAUUUCCCUGUCGCACUGACCUGUCCACUCAUUCGCAAUUACUAGAUAUUUCCGCAUUACUUGCAUCGUGUUUUCCAUACUACGCAUCUACUGUCCCUCGUGUUUGCUAUCUCCGCAUCGUGCUGUGUCGUAGACACUGACUUAGUCUAUUCUUAAUCGAGGUUAUUAACGCACAAC